AAAUGCAGGUUCUGAUCUGGUGACUCCAAGCCCUGGCACUGGAAGUCUGGAAAUGCUGUUGCCAAAAGCCCUCCAGGCGAAGGGGAGUGUUUGGCUGCUCCGAGCACCACGGCGCUGUCGGAUCAUAACCGGUGCUGACCACACCUAGAGCUCAGUCCUCGUGUGGGCUGAACACAACACUCUGCUCCUGCUCCCGGACCACGGCGGGAUCAGCCUACGGCACGAACCCCCUGCAAAAGGGACAGCUGCCCAACAAAACUAGGGAGAAACACGAACUUGCCGAAGUAGAGCCCGUCAUCUGCCUGGGCCGAGGAGGAGCAGGGAGCAGCCAGCCCCAGGGAGCCGGGAGAGCCAUGCCGGACUCCUUCGCCAUCCACUUCCUCAAGGUGCUGCGGGAGCUGCUGGCCUUCGUGCUGUUCAGCUACACGGUGCUGCUCGGGGCGCUGCUGCUGGCCGGCUGGACCACCUAUUUCCUGGUGCUUAAAUGAGGGCUCAGCCCCUGCUCCUGCUCCCACGGGCUUUCCACAGGCACCCGGCUCCACGGCGCAGCUCCGCACUCGGGAUGAAGGCCCCUUCCCCCUGCGCUCAACCCACGAGGGCUUUGCGCUGUCGCAGCCUCAUCGCGGUCUUAUUUUCCUGUGUGAAAACAAUAAAGGUUAAAAGAAGAGCUAUCCCCUUGCAUGCACUUUACAGAUCCUUGUGGCUCUCGCAGAUUCUUUGUGCCUCCUGUUCCCUGAACUAUUUAAAAGCCUCCCAGCAGUUUUCUCCUGAGAUUCCCACUCUGCCGAGCG